GAAUAAUUGGUUCAAACACGAUUACAUAGGGUCUUUAAAUUAGUAUUCAAGGAGUGCUUUCAAUGGGACCUCACAAAUUACAUGUGAAUAAGUUUGUAAAUUCCCUCGAAGCACUGAUACACUAGACACAAUUUGCAACUGCCACGUCUACCACGUUCACAAUGGCCGGAAUGUCUGAGGGGGAAAUUGCCGGAUACAGAGAGGUGUUUAAUAUGUUUGACCUGGAUGGUAGUGGGUCUAUUUCCUCGGGUGAACUAAAAGUGGCGCUGGAGGAAAUGGGUUUUGUACCUUCGGAUGAAGAAGUGCAAGUGCUUCUUAGACAGAUUGAUGCCGAUGGUAGCGGUCAAGUAGAAUGGGAAGAAUUCUUAGCCAUGUUCCAAGCGAAGCCAAAGAAACAACAUACAGAAGCGAGUCUCCGGAAGGCGUUCAGGAAACUUGAUAAAGACAAAAGCGGAGAUAUAUGCAGGAAUGAGGUCAGACAGUUCUUAAGGGAAAGUGGUAUCGGUGAAGACAUCCUACCAGAUGGUGAAAUAGAUGCAAUGAUUGCUGAAGUUGAUACAUCCGGGGAUGGAAAGAUCUCUUUUGAAGAGUUCCUAAGAAUGAUGAACGCUUAAAAUACAACUUUUACAAACAACUUUAGACUUGGACUAAAAUAUUUAAUACUAUCUUUGGCUUUUCAUGUGAUUAUUAGAAAUUUCAGGUCGAAUAUUUUCGGCUCCUUAGUUAGCUAUAUAGUUUGUAUUUUUGACUAACUUUAAAAAUAAAAGAUUGAUAAUAA